AGCUGUUUUCCCACAUUGUGUGUCUUUUCAAAGAAGUUACUUUGUGUGGACGUGUCUAUGACAGCGUCACUGGGGGUGUUUUGAAACAGUGUUUGUGGUAAAUGUUAAAGGUGUAGUGUUUACAUCUGUAAGGGUUCAAUUAAUAUUUGCGAAGUGUUUACAAACGUAUUGGUGACCAGAUUUGGACAAACUGGCGCCAACAUUUUCUGGCAAAAAAACACCAAACAUGAGGAGGGCACAUGCUGGACAGUUUUAUGAACCAGUUCCUACAAAUGUAGACCAUGGAGAUAUUCUGGAAGAAGAAAAUGAAAAGAUGACUGCACUGUUAAGAGACAAGAUUCAUGAUUUGAAAGCUGUUACACUUGAAAUUGGAAAUGAAGUGAAAUAUCAGGAGAAACUUCUAAACCACAUGGAGCCUAUAAAAGUCCCAGUUGUAGGUGGCAACAGAAUUCUUGUACAAGUGGAAGCUUCUUGUUUUAUAAGAAAAAGUUAAAUGCCAAGAAAGGAUAAGAAUUUAACGUCCCUUUGCUGUUGAGUUCAUAACAGAGUAUCAAGAUUUGGUUGACUAAGGAUGGAGAGUGAAAUUGAGUGUGGCUUUGAUUAUGGAACCAUCCUGGUGCAGUGAGUACAUAAGUUACGUCCAGUUACUGGAAGAAAAAUAGAACAUUAUAAGGUGUCAUCUUUUUCAUAAUUGUUGUGGAUUUACUCACACACAGUCCAAGCACCCUAUUUUUUAAUGAUUUGACUGAAACCAGCAUACUGACCACAUUCUUAUUCAAACAUGAUGUUACUCCAAGUGACUGUUGUGUGCUUUUCAGAUAAGCAGAUUCAUCAUAUGACACAGGCCCUAUUCCCAGGCUUGUGUACAGUCUUUAAAGAUGACAUCACAUUAGUACUAGAACAUUACAUUACAUUUGGAAGACAUUAAGACCAGCUAUAGUAUGUUAGAUGAGGAGGUUAAUGUAUUGACUCAAAUAUUAUUGAAACACUUUGGUAAGUUUUAAGUGUUACAUUGAGAGCUUUUGCUUCUAAACCAUUGCUGAUAUACACUAAAGGACAGUUUUCUAACAGGUUGAAAUCUUUUGUCAUGUUACAGAUUUCAGUAACUACUAGGAAGUUCAGGCAAUGAAUUUAUUUUCACCUCAAAAUGUACAUUAACAAAAUAUUCCAUUUCCAAAUUCAUGGUAUAUUACAUUUUUGUUGGACUGGCAUCUGUAACUAGGUUGUGUACACCUUUUCUAUUCUAUUUCUUGCACCAGAGAAAAUGUCAUAGCUCUUUUGUUAGGGCUUAUCCAGUUCUUAACAUACAAUGUUAUAGGAUAGCACCAUUAACUGUUUGUCUGUAUAAACUUUGUUUGUCAUUUGGCUGUUAAUUUGGUAGGCACGGUAGAGUUACUAGAUGCAUCGCAGUUUCUAAAAAAUACAGAUAGCUUCAACAUCUUCAUCUGCAUAUGUACUCCAAAAGCCACAGAUUAGUGCAUCGCAGAGGGUGCCUCGUACCCCUGUUAGUCAUUCCCAUUCCCUGAAAUUCAUAUUGAAAUCUAAUGUCUAUUGAUGGAAAGUGGGGGAUUAUUAUGGCAGAGUGGAACAUGUUGGUUCCAGAGCAGUAUGGAAUCUCAUUCACUUUAAGGCAUGCAGGACAUGAAUGGCAUUACUGAGGUUGGUCCAGUAUAAUGUUAUUAUUUUGUGGCACCUAUGAAUUAGAAGAAAAAUAUUUAAUGCAGAAUUACAUGACUACAAAAAUAGAUGGACAUCCAUUAGGCAACACAUGUGUAUCUUUGACAGGGAUGGAUGAAAGCUUUUGACGAACACUCUUAUGACAUUAAAAUUAUUCUCUAACGUACUUUGGGCCAUUUAUUUCUCAGAGCAACUAUGGCAUGUCUUCAGCUGCAACUAACACUGAGCUUGUAACAAGUAAGUGAUAUGGCUUCUGAAUAAACACCAAAAAUACAAAGUUAUUUAUGAAAAUACCAAAUGUGGUGUCUACACUACAUCAUAAUCAAAAGUUAUACUGAUGAAUAAUUACGUAAUACUUCUCUUGGAACUUUCACAAUACAGUACACAGCAGAGAUAAUAAGAGUGAAUAUUUGUCAGCCAAAGUGCAGCAGUCAUUUCAGUAUUAGAUACUUAAAAGGUAAUUUGCUUUUAUGAAAAUGUAACAUUAAAUGUUCCAUUUAGUGAGCAAAUUUAAAAAAAAAAAAUAUGUUUUUGUUUCACUGGUAAUGCCAUAUCAGAAAAUGUAUUUGCUAUCAUGUCUCAUUUUUGAAAAAGCAGAGGCUUAAUAACACACAGUACUUGGGGAAGAGUAUACAUCGUCACUAAAGCAACUGUGUGAAUUCAAUGACUGCAGCGUUUUUCAUAUUUUUCCUUUCUUUG